AUGGACACUGUCAGAGUGUCCAAAGGUCACUCUUCUCCUGCGAGAAACCUUGACAAGGUGGGGGGCAGAGAACAGCGGCUCGGCGGCCCCAGUUUCUCACCUGUAGCCUCGUCUUCGUCCUCGCAAGGCGCCGCCAGAGGGCGCGCACACCCAGACGGAAGGAGCAGCCGGGCUCUGCCCGCCGCGGGUCUGGAAGAAGCUCACCAAGUUUCAGUCUUGGACAAGUCUCCUCUCCCCCGCUGCCGCCCACAGGCUGGGAUCGGGGGCAGGAGCCCGACACCGCUAGGUCCGCUUACCUUGGGCAGAUCCCGACGGGGUCUCUGGCUGCGCUGGACCCCAAGAAACCCGGAGGGGGAGAGUUCGCGAAAACUGUUCAGCACCCGGAGCCGGGUCCGCACGGUCCCCGCAGGGCUUCCCGCGCCGGCUGCGCCCCAACAGGCAGCAGCCCCGCGCUCGGUCUCUUCUGCCACGCUCUGUCCUCGGCCCGCACCUCGGGACACGCCCGCCCUCGGGGAACGCCGGGCGCCCUGGGGGCAGCCCCGGAACGCGGCGGCAGACACGCGACGGCGGGCGCUCUCGGGGCGUUGUGUCCAGAGCA